GCUCGUUCGUGUCGUGACACACAGCAGAAAAACUUCGUCGCGUUCUGUUUUCGUGUUCUUGUCCCCCCAGAGUUUGUAGCUAUACCUAAAACUGCCUGCCUGCCAACUACUGCAACGAACCUUGUUAUUGAUGGAAAUGUCCAUCCUUGAAACUUCACGGGCGGAUCGCGUGGAUUUCUACUUAGCCUAGCGAGUAGCAAAGCCCCUCUAAGCUUAGUAGACACUAUUAGCGGUUAGAAGAGUACCUUGUAGUGUCUCUUCGGUGUGUAGUGUCCAAGUUACUGCGUUAAUUAGAAGGGCCCCCAAUCAAUCAAUACGGUUUCGGUUAGUGCUGUGAAAAGUUGGGUUUUUCCUUCCCAUCAAAGUGGUGUUCCAUUUGUAUCGAGUGUUUGGAGCAAAAAAUUUCCAUCGCCAUAGUUGGGCUUUGGUGAAGAAAAUAUAAUGACGAUAAUUAAAAAAAUGCUCCCGAAAAUUGACGGCUGUUGAUGAGAUUGUGCUUUUGAUUGCCGAAAAUUUUCCAAUCAUAUCGAUACCUCAGAAGAGAAGGAGGAGAGUGAAGGAAAAAGUGUACAGACGAGUGUGAUCCAGAUGAAGAAUCAAAGCGGGGAAGAAUUGUGAUAGUGAAUUGCGGUGGUGUGGUGUAUGGAGGAAGGUAGAAAAUGCCCAUCUCCAAUGCAACGACCGAUUCGGUGGAGUUGGAAAUACUGGAAAUCCGCCAGGAUAGUAGUGAUGACGAGGAGGGUCUGGCCAUUGGGGGCGCGGUGGCGAAGCCUUGUUCUCCCCCGCGAAGGAAACGUUUCCGGCGGAACCGGACCAAUCGGCGGAAAUCCAACUCCCAGAGCUGUGGCAGUUUAUAUAAUUUGGCAUCGAUUCGACCGCUUUAUCCGCAGCGCUCGGAACCGAAUGUCAACUACUUUGCCAGCGGUGAGCAAGAGGGUAUCAUAGAUAUUAACUUCCACGUGGAGGACAGCUCCAAUACGCUCGACGAUGCACCGGUUCUCGAGAGCUGUGAAAGUAUCGGCGAUGCCAUGCGGACCCGUAAUUCGACGGGCAUCGGAACCGGGUCCUUUUGUGGUGCAAGUUGUGGGGGUGGUGGUGGUGUCGGUUAUUUCAGUAGUGGUGCCGGGGGUGAUGGAACAUGUGGGUCAAUUGGGGCCGGAAGUGGCAGUGGGGGAAGCCACGGGCAGUAUGGGAUCAAGGCGUCCAUUGUGACAAUGCUCGAGAAGCUGGGUAUGUGGAACCAGAAUGGCAAGGUGGUCAAAAGUCAGAUCCACAAGAGUGACACCAAAUCGUCGUUCGAUCGUGGCCAAUCGUACAUAUCGAAUGGAGCCACUCGGCUGCGGUCGAUUUUUGGGGGAUCCGGAGGUCCGGUGACCGGCAAGCUUGCUUGGUUCUCAUCAAGCACAUUGGCAUCCUGGCAACACUUCGCCAGCCACAUCGGCGAAUCACAACGGAAGUCACCUCAGGGGGCGCAGCUCCUUGGAAAACCUUCCAGAUUGCUCAUCAAAAUGACGGCAACUAGUUCCAGAAGUCUGGUGAAACGAGAUCAAGACCAAUCAGCGAGCGCUUGA